ACCCGGAUGUGUUUCUAGCCGAACUCUUUAAAUCGACCCACCUUUAGUUUCUAAGGCACAACAACGUGCGAGGAGAUUAAAAGAUCUAAAGAAAAAUGCAGAUCUCGAAUAUAAACGACGUGAAGGUUUAUAACCUGAGCUUUGGAAAGUCUCUUCCAGAGUGGUUGUCAGACCGAAAGAAAAGGCAGCUUCAAAAGAAAGAUGUUGAAAUCCAGCGGCGGAUCGAGCUCAUCCAGGACUUUGAGAUGCCCACAGUGUCCACCUCCAUCAAAGUGUCCAGAGAUGGACAGUUUAUCCUGGCUGCAGGAACAUACAAACCCAGAGUUCGCUGUUAUGACACGUAUCAGUUGUCCCUUAAAUUUGAGCGAUGUUUGGAUUCUGACGUUGUUGCGUUUGAAAUCCUGUCAGACGAUUAUUCUAAGCUGGUCUUUUUGCAUUGCGAUCGCCACGUGGAGUUCCACGCUCAACACGGACACUACUACAAAACUCGUAUUCCAAAGUUCGGACGGGACUUCUCCUACCACUAUCCCUCCUGUGACCUGUUCUUUGUGGGAAUGAGCUCAGAGGUUUACAGACUGAACCUGGAACAGGGUCGCUUUCUGAACUCCCUUCAGACAGAUGCUGCGGAGAACAACGUAUGCGACAUCAACCCUGUUCAUCAUUUGUUUGCAACAGGAACCUCUGAGGGCAGGGUGGAAUGUUGGGACCCUCGUGUGCGGAACCGGGUGGGCAUGCUGGACUGCGCCCUGAGCAGCCUGACUGAGGGAACAGAGGUUCAGGGUUUACCCUUCGUCAGUGCGCUGAAGUUUAACGGUUCCCUCACCAUGGCAGUAGGAACCAGCACUGGACAGGUGCUGUUAUACGACCUGCGCUCCAGUCGACCGCUGCUGGUCAAAGAUCAUUUCUACAACCUCCCGAUCAAGUCGCUGAACUUCCAUGAGCAGCUUGACCUCAUCGUUUCCGCCGACUCCAAGAUAAUAAAGAUCUGGAACAAAGACUCGGGAAAGUUGUUCACCUCCCUUCAGCCUCAGACUGAUAUCAAUGAUGUCUGUAUUUACCCUAAAUCAGGAAUGCUGUUCACAGCCAAUGAAGACCCCAAAAUGAACACGUUCUACAUCCCGGCGUUGGGCCCCGCUCCUCGCUGGUGCUCCUUCCUGGACAGCCUGACGGAGGAGCUGGAGGAGAGCCCGGAGUCCACCGUGUACGAUGACUACAAGUUUGUUACCAGGAAGGACCUGGAGAAUCUGGGUUUGUCUCACCUGGUGGGAUCACCUCUGCUCAGAGCCUACAUGCACGGCUUCUUCAUGGACAUAAGGCUGUAUCAUAAGGUGAAAACCAUGGCUAAUCCUUUUGCAUAUGAGGAAUACCGCAAGGAUAAGAUCCGGCAGAAGAUUGAAGAGUCCAGAACGCAGAGAGUCCAGAUUAAGAAGCUGCCCAAGGUGAACAAGGAGCUGGCCCUCAAGCUGAUGGAGGAGGGAGACGAAGAGGCAGAGCUGGCUUCCAGGAAGAAAAAGGGAAAGGCGGUCCCCAGCAUCCUGGGAGACGACCGUUUCAAGGUGAUGUUCGAGAACCCAGACUUCCAGGUGGACGAGCAGAGCGAGGAGUUCCGGCUGCUCAACCCCAUCGUCUCCAAGGUGGGACAGAAGAGGAAGAAGACGCUGCGCCUGCAGGCUCAGCAGGAGGCCGCCGUCCAGCAGGCGGCUGAUGAAGAAGAGGAGCCAGAGGGCCGAGCCAGCUCAGAGGAGGAGAGCUCCGACGACGACAAGAGCUGGGUGGAGGAGGUGAGGGAGCAGCGGAGGUUACUGCGGCAGGAGGACAGAGACCGGCGGCGGCAGGAAAGGAGGGAGGCCGACCGGAGCACCGUCCUGCUGGAGCGGGGAGAGAAACCCGAGAGCAAGAAGACGAGUCAGCCGCAGUUUUAUCAGAUCAAGGCCGGAGAGGAGUUCAGGAGUUUUGGCGACAUGGCCCGCAAGCAGAAGCUGCAGAAGGCUUCUCUGGAGGAGCGGCUAAAGCUGGAGGAAAGCUCAGGGAUCAGCAGCAGCGCGGUGGACACAGCAGUGGGCAGCAAACAGCUGACAUUCACUUUAAAAAAGUCGGAGCAGCAGCGGAAGCAGCAGCAGGCGGAGAAGGAACACCACGAGGAGAGGAAGAAGCUGAGACGCUCUGCCGGACACCUGAGCAGUGCUCGUGGGAGAGGAAGAGGACGGGGGAGAGGAAGAGGAAGGGGCCGUUACUGAAGAGAGACCCCACAACUUGCAAACUCAGAUCAAAUGUUUCUCUGACCUUUUUCUUUUUCCUCAGCCUCCUUCUUCCAUUGGUGGGAGAGAAAAAUCCUGCAAGUCUAAAAGAGAUCUUGACAUAUUUAGUGAUAGAUCCGUCUGUCUCCCGGGUGGUCUGAGCCUCCUGUCUGAACGCCAUGCAAAUUAAAACAGGUUACCUCUGUGAACGCCUGUUUUAAUAUGAAACGAAUGGCGUCUCUUAUUCUCGACUGCAAAUUGAGCUGUUGGUUGAGAUUUCCAAGGAAACUCCUUCUAAAAAAUAUAUUUUCUAACCAGGAGAGACACAAAUGUAAUUUUACUGUCCUUUUUUAUAUAUUGCUAAUCCAUAAUUAUGUUAUUGUAUAAAGCAAUCGAUGGACAUUUGCAGUAUAUUUGUAUAAAGAUGUGUUUUUACUGUUUAAAGCUGUGGCAUUAGUUAUUAUGGCAUCCAAUCACACUGUAGUUUA